GAUGCCAUCAUAGUCAAGGCCACCAAUUUGGAUAUAUUUCAUACUAAGAAGCGACCCUGAAAUGAAUAUUGUGGGAAAACUCAAUUUAAUGAUACCCUGGAGCAUAUUCUUGGUUCAUUCUCUGCUGUUCUCUUUGCAAGGAUCCUAUUGCGAGUUUUCUCUUUUGCGAAGAACACCAAGAAACCAGUUUAAUGCAACUCGACAGAAAAGAGAUCUCUUAGCAGCUGAGACUGGAGCAGAUUCUGCUGGGUCUCACCUUCAUGGGGACCUUACUCAGGGGCAAAGUCCAUCAGGAGUCUCUUGUCCUCAAGAAUGCCUUAAUGGAGCAGUUUGCACAGAGGCGGGUGUAUGUGAUUGUCAGAUGUUUCAGGCUCAUGGUGAAAGGUGCCAAAUUGUACCUAAUGACGGCAAGGAUCGAGAUGGAAUUUGCAAAUCGUGGGGACAGUAUCACUUUGAAACAUUUGAUGGCAUCUACUACUAUUUCCCAGGAAAUUGUUCCUACAUUUUUGCAAAAGAUUGCAGUGCUCCAGAACCUCAGUACACUGUAUGGGUUCAUAACAGCCCCCAGUGUGAUGGUUCGGUGUAUUCUUGUCUGCGGUCAAUCAGCUUAUAUUUUUCAAGCCAGGAUGAAAUAGUUGUUGUGGGACAUGAAGUAAGAAAAGAAGGAAUCAGAUUGACAUUGCCUCAGACAAUUGGAAAUGUUUUCAUUGAGAGGCUGGCCGACUAUAUUCUGGUGAAAACUACCUUUGGUUUUUCUCUUGCUUGGGACGGAAGCUCUGGUAUUUAUAUUAAACUGACAGAAGAACAUAAAGGGAAACCUUGUGGCCUGUGUGGAAAUUAUAAUGGCAAUAAAUCUGAUGAUCUGAUAAUACAAAAUAUAGGUGAAUAUACAGAAGACAUUGCUGUAUUUGCAAACAGUUGGUCUAUACAAACCCCAGAUGAUGCAAUUUGUGUGACUACUGCCUCAGAUUUUUCUAGUCCAUGUUCGACUGACACAGAGUCCUCCGAGGCCAUAUUCUUCAAAUGCCAAAUACUCCUACAGUUUCCUUUUCUCAGCUGUCAUGAAAGCGUAGACCCUUAUUCGUAUAUUUCCAGCUGCAUGAAUGACCUUUGCAGAGUGGAUGAUGAUGAAACUUACUGCCGAGCAGUGACAGAGUAUGCUAGAGCAUGCUCACAUGCAGGCUACCCGGUACGGGACUGGAGGGAGGAUUUUCCUGCCUGCUCUGAAAAGUGUGAAGACAGUUUUGUCCAUCGGGAUUGCAUUAGUUGUUGCCCCCCAACCUGCACAUUUGAAAAGGAUUGUCUUGGCAGCAACCUCCAUUGCUUAGAUGGCUGUUACUGUCCAGAUGGUCUCGUUAUGGACAAUGGAACUUGUAUCUCUGUGUCAAAUUGUCCUUGUAUUUAUCAUGGGAAAGCCUUCUCUGCCGGCUCAAAAAUUGAACAAGAAUGCAGUCAGUGUACUUGUACCAGUGGCAUUUGGAACUGUACUGAACACGACUGUCCAGCUGAGUGCACCAUCGUAGGUGACUCUCAUUUCACAACGUUUGAUGGUCGUCAUUAUACCUUUCUUGGGAUUUGUCAGUAUAUUCUGGUAAAAGGCACUGGGAAAGACAAAUUCACAAUCACUUUACAGAAAGCUCCAUGUGAUCAGAACCUCGACCAUGGCUGCAUCCAGUCUGUAACACUAGUGCUUGAAGAUGAUCUGAGUAAACAAGUGACUCUUACCAGGGAUGGUGAAGUCCAAACUGGCCCUAGCCAGGGUUUUAACUUUAAUGGAGACAUUGAAAUUUGGAACCUGUCUUCUUUGUUUGUGCAGCUGAAAACUAGAUUUGGAUUAAAGAUUCAAUUUGCUAAAGGUGGGGAGAGACUUUAUAUACAAGUCAAUACCAGCUGGAAAAGAAGAACACUAGGUCUAUGUGGAACUUUUAAUGGGAACUUAAGAGAUGAUUUUCUUUCUCCAGCAGGGAUGAUUGAAGGAACCCCUCAGCUUCAUGCCAAUGCAUGGAAGGUUUCCUCAGCUUGUUUUGCGCCUGUCAACAUUCCUGUGGUUGAUCCUUGCAACAUUAAUCAACAAAAUGUUGGCUAUGCAUCCCACUGUGAUAUCAUCAAUCAAGAACUUUUUGCUCCAUGUCACCCAUACAUCAGUCCAGGAUUAUACUACCAGCUGUGCCGUUUUGAUGCCUGUAAAUGUGGAAGCAGCUGUUUGUGUAAUGCACUUGCACACUAUGCCUAUAUCUGUAGCAAGCAUGGAAUUGCUAUUGAUUUCAGAUCUCAAGUUUCAUACUGUGCUCUAGUGUGCCGAAGUGGUAUGCUGUACCAUCGGUGCUCUUCUUUUUGCGAACACUCCUGUUCUUCCCUUUCUGCCCCGCAUGUGUGUAAUGACGACUGUGCUGAAGGAUGCAAUUGUCCUGAUGGCAAAUACUUUGAAGAAUCAAUCAACUUUUGUGUGCCAAUAUCUAGCUGUCGUUGCUAUUACAAAGGCAGAACUUUCCAGCCUGCGGAAAUCCUGCCCACACAGUCAGGCUCUUGCCAGUGUUUGAAUGGAACAAUGAAAUGCACUGAAACUGCUACAACUGCAGUUCACACAUGCCCUGAAGGAAAAAUCUACUAUGACUGCAGAUAUCCGGUGCCUGGCUUACCAGCAGCUGGUGUGAACUGUGAGAUCUCCUGUGCAAACCUUGCCAUGAACUUCACCUGUGUGCCAUCACCACCAUGUGCAAGUGGUUGUAUCUGCCCCCCAGGGAUGGCAGAGCAUAAAGGGAAAUGUUAUGUUCCUGAUAGUUGUCCAUGUACCUGGAAAGAUUGGGAGUAUCUGUCCGGAGAAGUGAUAGCUACACCUUGCUAUACCUGUGUUUGCCGACGAGGGAUAUUCACAUGCACCAGUUAUCCUUGUCCUGCUGUGUGUACAGUUUACGGGGAUCGACAUUAUUAUACUUUUGAUGGGUUGGAAUAUGAUUACGUCAGUGACUGCCAAGCUUAUUUAGUGAAGAGUACAGACAACUCAAAUGUAUCUGUAAUUGCCCAGAACAAGAAGUGCUUUGACAAUGACAUUGUUUGUUCUAAGAGUGUUUUGAUCUCUGUUGGAGAGACUGAGAUUUAUUUUAGUGAACCUUCUGACAAACAGAGAACCGCCAGGGGACAGGAAAAAAACCCAACAUAUCAGCUUUGGAAGGCUGGAUAUUAUACAGUGGUACACUUUCCAGAACAGGAAAUUACAGUCCUGUGGGACAAGAAGACAACGAUACAUGUCAAAGUUGGACCUCGGUGGAAGGGUAAAUUAGCAGGUUUGUGUGGAAAUUUUGAUAAAUAUACUUCAAAUGAUCUGACUACAUCAAACAACAUGGAAGUGAGAAAUGCUCAGGUUUUUGGAGAGAGCUGGGCAAUAGGACAGUGUAAAAGCCCAAAUGAAACCAUAAAGCCAUGUGAGGUGCAUCAGAGCAAGUUCCCCUAUGCCAAAAGGGAAUGCUCAAUUUUGUACAGUGAUGUUUUUGCCCCUUGUCGAAAUGUGAUUGAUGUGACUUCAUUUGUCAAAAAUUGCCAUACAGACACAUGUAAUUGUAAUCUUGGUGGGGACUGUGAGUGUUUGUGUACAAGCAUUGCAGCUUAUGCUUACAAAUGCUGUCAGCAGGGUGCAGCAAUUCAUUGGAGAUCUCCCUCUGUCUGUCCUUAUAAUUGUGAAUAUUACAACCAAGGCCUUGGAGAAGGACCAUAUAUUUUGGCAAGUUAUGGACAGAAUGAUACUGUUAUAGGAGCUAACAUUACCAGCAGAAAGCUAUUUCCUUUGCCUAGAAUCAGUACAUAUGAAAACGUGGGAUUUAGUUUUAUGAUAACUCCCGGCCUUUUCAAAGAUAAAGACUUAUCUCUGUCUCUUGUUUCCCUUGAGUCUGCUGAAAGACCAAACUAUUUCCUGUAUGUCCAUGACAAUGAAACUGUUACUUUGGAACAGUGGGCAGCAAGUUCUUCAUUUCGUAGAAGAGCUACAUUUUUCCACCACCAAGGCCUCUGGAUUCCAGAUUAUAGCGCGUUUGAACUUCACAACAAGAAAGGCUUUUUCAUUAUAUUGACAGCUUCUGGCAUUAAAGUGUCAAAGUAUGAUGAUUCAGAAGAAUUCAAACGUACAAGUAGCUUUAGCAUUGAAGAUCUCCAUGCAUCAGUGCCUUAUAGGAGGAUGUGUGAAUGGAGAUAUGAACCUUGUGCUAGCCCCUGUUUUAAAACAUGUAGUGAUCCUGAAGGAGUAGAAUGUAAAUUUCUUCCACCGGUUGAAGGAUGCUUACCAUAUUGUCCUAAAAAUAUGAUCCUUGAUGAGGUGACACUUAAAUGUGUUUAUCCAGAAGACUGCAUACCUGUGACACCUACAGAGCUGGCAGCUGGAACAAAAACCCAGAGGACAAGGCCCACUGCAUUAAUCUCUCCUACAAUUGUUACUACAGAGAGAUUUCCUCAGCUGCCCCCUAUAUUUGUUACUGCAGAAGCUGAAGUUGAGCCUAGUCAUACAAUUGUAACUACCAAAAUAACCACAAAGAUAGAUACAACUUUAAGAGGAGCAAACACUACAGCAGAAACUUUGUCAGACUUUCAUUCACUGGCAUCACCUCAUACAACUACUUAUUUAACUCAUUCAUUACCUGUUUCAAGUACACUGCAGUCUUCCAAAGUAACCCACAGCACAGCAAGCCUGUCUGUACUGCCCAAGCCCGUAUCUUCAACAGAUUUUCCAGCUACUCUUCAGACAGCAGCAGCGACAUUAAAAACAUCCCCUACUGUAAGUCCAACAGUGUUUAUAACCUCACCCAUUACUAUGGCAGUUCCAUCAACACCUUCUUUUACUCUGCUAACUGCAAGUCCUGUUCCUAGACAUUCUACAUUACCAAUGCCCACUUCCUUAGUGGUAACACCAUUUUCACUUGAAACAGGAACUGCAUCCUCUUCCACAGCAUUAGCAAGUUUAUCUCCUGGACCAGCCUUUGUCACUACUGAAGUACCUACAAGGAUCUGGGGAACCAGAAGACCUUCCACAAGCCAUUCACAACUGCCACAAACAUCCACAGAAUUUCCUUCAUCUGCUUCAUUAACUGGAAGAACAUCUUUUUCAAGUCCCACAUUCUUUACAAGCUCACAAUUAAUAUUAACUGCAUCUAUUUCACCACUAUCUACUAUGACUGAAAGAACCAGGUCUACUAUGGUUCAACCUAUAGUUCACCCAGCUUCUGUUUAUGCCCCAACUUCAACUGUUUUUCAAACUCCCAAGGCUACUUCUAGAUUUACUAGCUUUGAAACUAGUCCUCCUCAGUUAAUCACAGCUUCAUACUUGGUGCCAACUCCACCCACCUCCCAAACUACUUCAUCAUCUUUAAGAACAACCAGUUCUUUAACAAGAACUUCACUACCUACAUUUUUAUCUUCAAUGGACAUUUCAGUGACUCCCUCCAAACAUAUAGUUCAAUUAAGCACAGACACUGUUUCCAGUAUUCCACCUAUAAUGACUGAAACUUCAUCUCCAGUUGCUUCUCAAAUCCCUACAACCAUGAGAACAACGUGGUCUUCUUUGAGUCCCCUUGUAACACACACACUGUCUACAUUAAUGCCUCCUCCAAUUACAUCCCCCAAGCCCAAAGCAACGAGAGAUGUCACAGUUGUCUCAAAGAGUCUCUUCUUAGAACCUUCCACUACUUCAGUAUCUCUUCUAGCCACUCCUCAAAUCUCUGAGGUAUCUGUAACAAGUAUAAUCUCAACAGAAAGUAAAUAUGCACUACACACUGAUGCAUUUCCAAUAUCGACUAUUUCUAAAAGGUUGACUGCAUCCAUUAGUUCUACAGCCUUCCCUUUCAGUACACCUGUAUUUCCCAUAAAUGCCACAUUAGCUACUUAUCAAAUGGCAAGAACCACUUCAAAAAUAACAGAGUACCCUAUCAGUCCACAUUCAGAAUUCAAAACUGCCUCUGUGGUACGAAGUACUGACACUUCUCUAACUUCUAGAGAACUAUCAGGAGCUAUAUUGUCUUUUACUAGUCCAUCCACAUUACUUACAAUGUUGUUAUCAGCAAGACCAUCUGUUUCACAAGCCUCUGCCAUGACAUCCCAUACAACAAGUUCUUCAGUGAUUCCCACAGUAAACAGGACAUCUGCUUUGAUAUCAAAUGUAACUCUUACCCAAUCACCCAUUGUAUCCAUGGGUACACAAGAAACCUCAAAAAGCCCACAUACAGAACUGGCAACCUCUCCCUCGGGUAUUGCUACAUUAACUUUAGGCACAAACAUUUACAUAAGUCCUUCAGCAGUGCCUAAAACGUCAUUUGCACUACCACAUUUAUUAACUUCUAAAACUCCGAAAGUCACUUUGGAAAGCUAUUCCAGUAUAUUCACUACUACAUCUUCACCCUCUUCAGAGACCUCCCAUGUAUCUACUGUAUCAUUAGGAACAAAUAUAUCAUCAAGUCCUUCCACAGAAUAUGAAACAAGAACUUUUGUACCCACUGAAAUAGUCACUCACUCCACAGUGCCAUCGGCAGCACUGACCAUGAGCACAGCUUUGAGAACUACAUCCUUAGUGCCAACUUAUGUCACUAUGAAAACAUCAGUUAGUCCUUCAAUAACUUUAUUAGUUACUCCUGCCACCACCAUAGCCCCUAGUGUUACUGCAAAAACCACUGAAUCUUCUGUUACUCAUAUUGAGCUUUACACAGCCUCUAGUUCAGUGCCAAUUCCUGCUACCUCUAAAACACCUAUGUAUCCUUCACCUAAGACUUUACUGACAUCUGCACAUUCCCCAGUUUCACUGAGUACUAAAGAAAUGAUAAAAACUAUAGUCAUGAAAACAACCGGUGCCAUGACUGCAUUCUCGGAGCUGAAGAUUACACCUUCUGCAGCUUCAGAACUUAAAUAUGCAACCUCCAUUGGGAGAACUGCAGACACUAGAGAAAGUAGUCAGACUUCACAUGUACAAAGAAAUAUUACUAAGACAAAAUCUACAACUACUGAGAAAUCUUCACUGCUACACUCAACGUUCUCUUCUGUUCAGACUACUUCCUUGCCCAGUCAAAGCAGCAUAAGUUCAGGAAAAUCUGUCUCUAUUUCUGAAGUCACAGAUGUACCGCUAUCAGAUUGGUCCAGAAUUCCACCACAAAGAACAAUCAAACCUUACUAUAAUCUAACAGAACCAGAGCAAGUGGGGAUUGGAGAAUUGCAGAGCACCACUGUAACAGCUUCAUCUCAUUUCAGUUAUGCAAAGGUGCUGUCUUCUACUACAGAACCGGUGGAAACGCAAACUUCACUGACAGACACAGACAUGAUGAUGACAGUUACAGCUGACCAUGCUUCAUAUGGCACAAUGAUACAUACACUGAUGUCAUCUUCCUCAGAUUGUAUGCCAAGAUACAUUGAACCUGUAGACAGAUGUAGCCAGUAUGUAUGCAUUAAUAUGGGAUGGAUGUUGUAUAACGUUUCAAGGAACUGCCAUAAGAACGUGGAAAAACCUGACUGUGGUUUUCGAGGAAUGCCAGUUCAAGUUAACAGUGAUAGCUGUUGCCCAGAAUGGGAAUGUCCCUGUCAAUGUUCUGUACUGUCUGAACUGAGCAUUAUUACAUUUGAUGGAAAUAACAUAGCCCUCUAUAAUAUGGCUUCCUACAUUUUAGUCAAGCUCCCAGGAGAAAUAAUUGUUGCUCAUAUUGAAAAGUGUCCCACUAAUCGGAGUGCAAAUUCAAUAAGAAAACUAGUUUCACCUGGAGGCACCUCAGGGCUCUGUUUUAAGAAAUUAAAUGUAACAACACCUACAAAUAAAGUACUCAUCAACCGCUUGGCAAGAAAGGUAGUAGUGGAUUCUGUAAUUCAACCAUUACCUUUCUCAAAACAUGGACUAUGUAUUCAGGAUACUGGUGCCAUGUACGUCAUUAACACACCUGCUGGCAUUAGCAUUAAGUGGGCUCAUGUUACAGGCAUUAUAGAUAUACAAUAUGGCUUACAUUCUAACACAUCUACCAAGACAGAAGGACUUUGUGGUGUGUGUAAUGGAGACCCAAUUGAUGACCUCAAGAUGCAAAAUAGGACUAUAAUUACAAAUAUGGAAGAAAUUGAAGCAUUUAUUAAAAGUUGGGAAAUUGAGAAAUCAGUUGAUGUAACAACCAGGAGGCCAGUAAGAAAUUGUACUGAAGAUAACUGCACUUACUGUAUGGAGCUGUUAAACAGAAGAGUUUUUGUCCCAUGUCACAAAAAAGUUUCACCACAGGACUUUUGUGAGAAGAUGUGGAUCAACAAUACUUACUUUUGGAAUUAUGAAUGUGAUGCACUUUCUGCAUAUGUGGCUUUGUGCAACAAACAUAAUAUCUGCAUUAAGUGGAGGACACCGGAUUACUGUUCUCUGGGUUGUCCUGAUGGCAAGGAAUACCAACCUUGUGUGCAACCCUGUGCAGCCAAAACGUGCCUAAAUAAAUGGUUCUAUGAAGAAUCCCCAUGCUCCUAUUUAAGAGAAGACUGUGUGUGUAAAAAUGGAACUAUUCUUCAUAGAACAGACUCUGACCUCUGCAUACCUGAAGAAAAAUGUGCAUGUACAGAUAAUGAAGGACAGCCUCGUUCUGCUGGAGAAGUUUGGAAUGGGUCCAUUAAAGGAUGUUGUAUGUAUAACUGUUUGGAGAAUGGAAGUGUUAUUGCUAUAGAACCGGAAUGCAGUGAAGACCCACUGCCAGUCUGUGAGAGGGAAGGUGAAGUUAUCAUUAAUGUCAUUGAAGAGAGGGCUUGCUGUCCAAAGAAAGUUUGCGAAUGUAACAUGACUAUGUGUGAGGCUAUUAUUCCAACAUGCAAAAAUGGUGAAAAAUUGAUGGUAGGCUAUAGCACCCUUUCCUGCUGUCCACAAUACCAAUGUGAAUGUGAUCCCUUAGCAUGUCCCAAUGCUCCCCGUCCGGAGUGCAGAGAGGACCAAUUUAUUGUUGAAGCAAAACAGGAAGAUCCUUGUUGUUUCUCUUAUCUAUGUGUUUGUGAAUCUUGCAUUGAGCCUGUUCCUUUAUGUAAUGAGGGGGAAAUUCUCACAGUAGAUCUUAGCACCAUGCAUUCCUGUUGUCCUCGUUACCAUUGUGUUUGUGAUGAGAACCUUUGUUCAGUGCCUCUUCUGAACUGCACAGCUGACAUGCAACUUGUGAAAGAGAGAGUACCUGGACAGUGUUGUCCAGACUGGCACUGUGAAUGUAGCUGUGAAAAUUUUACUAUACCAACCUGUAAAGUGGGAGAAGUUCAAAAAAUAGACGACAGCAUUUAUAGUGCUUGUGGAUGCCUGCAGUACAUCUGUGAAAAGGAUGAUGUAUGUGUAUUCCAAGAAGUAACUGUGCUGAACCCUGGACAAUCUAUGAUUCAGUAUUUGGAUGAAAAUCUUUGUUACACAGUACAGUGUUUACAAGAAAAAGAUCACAGCACAGGAUAUCAUGCCAUGGAUUUUACAGUUGUGAACUGUUCCCAACAAUGUGAUGCUCAUCAAAUAUACAUUCCUUCUUCCAGUCAUCAUGUUUGUUGUGGAACCUGCCAAAAUGUGUCUUGUACUUUCUAUACUGAAAAUGGAACACUAUCUGUACAUGAAGAGGGAAGCACCUGGGUCUCCAAUUGCACCAAAUAUGAGUGUGCAAAGACUGCUGUAGGUGCUAUGAUACUGGGAUCUAGUGUUGUCUGCCCCCCUUUUAAUGAGACUGAAUGCACAAAGAAUGGAGGCACUGUACAGACUUAUAAUGAUGGCUGCUGCAAGACGUGUUCUGGAUUGGGUGUAUUACCCUUUGCCAUUAGCCCUGUAGUCUCUACUGAUAGUAUAAAUUGUGAACCAGGUAGAAAGGAAGAAAGGAUUUGCCAGAAAGUGACAGUCAGAACAACUAUAAGAAAAAGUGACUGUAUAAGUCAGAGGCCUAUAAAUGUGGCUUCCUGUGAAGGGAAAUGCCCCUCCGCUACAAUUUUUAAUGUCAAUAUCGAUAGCCAUUUAAGAUUCUGUAAAUGUUGUCGUGAAAAUGGAGUACAGAACCUGACUGUGCCACUAUACUGCUCAGGAAAUGGCACUGAAGUGAUGUAUGUCAUCCCAGAGCCUACAGACUGUUCAUGCCAGUGGAAUUGAACAUCUGAUGGAUUCCAUGUACCUGAUUUCACAGUGAGAAUUGAAGUUGGCUUCCUAUCAUUGAAUUAUAUUUUUUUGGCAUCGGACAGACUGAAUAAAUACUAUAUAGAAAAAUAUAUUUUAUCAGUAAUGUUUCAGCCAACUUUGUUUCUGAGCAAAUUUAGUAGAAAUUGCAUAAGAAAUAUUACAGUAAAAACAUUUUCAGACAUUAGCAAAUAUAUAAUUUCUUUUAUAUCAGAUUAUUAAUUUGACAAUUAUUUACUUCUAUCCAAUAUGCUGCUGAAAACUAAUUCAAUUUUUAAAAUUUAAACUUGAUUGAAUUGGGCCAACUGUAUCCAAAAGUUAAUUUUUGUGAAAACUUUUGCUUUUAUCUUAUUAGCAGUUCCGUUAGGCAUUACUCAGUGACUGAAAUCUGCUUAAACUUGAACCCACUGAGCAACAUGAUGAAUGUAGUCUUUUUAAUUUUGUACUUUGAAAAAACCUGUGGCCUAAAUCCUAGUAUAAUGUUACAUUCCUUAAAUCUAUGGCAUUUUGCUUUUUUAAUAUCAUAUAUACAUUUUAAAUAUUGUGAUUGGAUAGAAGGGGCUAAGUAUGGAGGGUGGUUCAGAUUUCUGUUAAACAGGUUUCUGUUAAAAAUAUGUAAAAACUCUGCCGUUUACUGUAGGCUUAUACUUUAAAUCAAUUUUUAACUUUUUACAACCAAUCAGAGGAGAAAUUGCUCUUUACUGUAUUAUUUUAUGAGGAUGCUGGAGUGAGAUUCUGAGAAGGUAUUCUGUUUUCAAAGUGGACCAGUGCACCUUCUGUUUUGGUUUUACCCUUUGUUUCAUGGGUUGAAAUGCUCAUGUUCAAUAUUUUUUAUUUAAACGAACUAAAUUUAAAGAUUGUUUUAAAGGAAUAUUAAGAUUGGGCACACUUGCUGAAUCUAAGUCUCAGAUCAUUUGGAGUCAAGAAGAAACAUGCUCCCAUUGAAAAGGAUAUAACAUUGAUUGUAAGGAGAAAAGUGAAAUUCAUAUAUAAAAUUAGUCUGUGGAUGCACAUGGUCCUGUAUAUCUGCUGCCAAAAGUGCUCUCCAUUUUCUUAACCAUCAACUAUUUAUUGUAAUUCUUAAGAAUUGAGAAUCUAGCUUUAUGCCCAUUUUCAGAAGUAUAGCUUACCCUAGAAACUCAUUGGUGAAUUCCUUGCCCGGUUGAAGUCAUUGGUAGUUAAGUCAUUAACUUCAGUGAGGUCAGGAGUUCACUCAUGUAUUAUUUUGAAACUAAAAUUCUUGGCUAAGAAUCUCAGAAUUUCUUGGGCAAGCAAUUCUCAUAGAUUCUUAAACUGUCAGAAUUUAAUAAAAUAAUAAAGAAGUUGGAUUAUUAUAUGGUUUUUAUAAUGAGAAAUCGUCACUAUAAAAAGGAAAAAUAAAUAUAUUUAAAAGUUAUGGCUGUUUUGUAUCAUUCAUCACUUCAUAUGCUGAAACCUAACUUUCCAUCUCCUGUGAACUAAAUUUGGCUGAUUAUGGAGAAAAAUAGUAUAUAAACUUAAAUCAGUCACAGUUAUUCAGGAGACACCUUCCUAUGGAUUCAAAGAAGGGACCAUUGUGAUCAUCUAGUCUGACCAUCUGUAUAACAAAGCUCAUAGAACUCCUCCAAAAUAAUUUCUAGACCUUAUCUUUUAGAAAAACAUCUGUUCUUGAUUUUAAAAUUGCCAGUGAUGGAGAAUCCACCACAUUGCUUUGUAUCUUGUUCCAAUGUAUUUCCAAACAAUUUGUCUAGCUUCACUUUCCAACCAUUGGAUCAUAUUAUACCUUCAUAUGCUAGAUAGAAGAAUCCAUUAUCAAAUAUUUGUUCCCCAUGUAUAAUAAAAAAAAUUUUGAGUUGGGUUAAUACUUUAAAAUAUUCCAUCAUAAAUAAGGCUACAAUUUUGUCAUUGGCAUUUUUAGUAAAAGUCAUGGACAGAUCAUGGGCAAUAAACAAAAAUUCACGGCCCCGUGACCUUUGCAUGACCUUUAUAUAAAUACCAUUGACUAAAUCUUAGCUGCCCAAGGGCGCCACAGUUCUGGGGGGCUCCAGGGGUGCUGCAGCUCUGGGGAGCCCCUGGAGCCAGCCCCACCAGCCGCUGCUCCAUCUGCCCCCAGGACCACUGCUCAGGCGGUCCCCAAGGCCCACCGCACCUGCCGCUGCUCGGACAGUCCCCAGGGCCCACCACACCUGCAGCUGCUCACGUGGUCCCUGGGACCAGCUGCCCAGGGCUGCCCAAGCAGCGGCUGAUGCGACUGUCCUCAGGGCCGCUCCAGCAACAGCCGGUGUGGGUGGCUGUGGGGCCACUCCAGCAGUGGCUGGUGCGGAUGUCCCUGCGGCCACCUGAGCAGUUGGCCCUGAGGUCAGCCACACUGGCCGCUGCAGAUGUGGAAGUCACAGAGGUCGCGGAAAGUCAUGGAAUCCAUGACUUCCGUGACAGACACGCAGCCUUUAUCAUAAAUAUUUAAUCAUUAUAAAGAAAUAAUAUUCAUCUAAUGGUCAUAAUGGAGUUGCUACUCUAGCAACAAUGAUAUAUCUUUGGAAUACUGCUUGUCUAUUUUAUUCUAUGUAGGGAAGGCAGAUAGCAUAAAUAGUCAGAAACAGGAACCGAUCACUUUAGCCAGUUGGGACAAUGAAUGUGGCAGCAACAUAUAAAAUAUUAUGGGUGAAAUCCUGACCCCAGUGAAUUCAAUGGUAAAAUGUAUGUUGACUUCAGUGGGGCCAGGUUUUCACCUAGAGUUUUAAUGAGUGUAUAGACCAGUGGUGGGCAACCUGCGGCCCGUCAGGGUAAUCCACUAGUGGGCUACGAGACAGUUGGUUUACAUUGACCGCCUGCAGGCAUGGCCGCCCGCAGCUUCCCGUGGCUGCAGUUUGCCGUUCCCAGCCAAUGGGAACUAUUAUGUACUGGGACCUAGAACCAAAAUGUGCCUGGCUAGUGCUGUAGGAGUUCAUGACCAUAAUUAUAACUAUAACUUACUUUCAUUUGUUAGCCUAUACUCAAAGUUUGUAUAACAGUGCAAUAUAUUGGAAGGACAAAUAUUCAAAAAAGAAAAUGUCUUCAAGAGCUUUUGGCAUAUAGAGAUAGGAAUCUUAUUUUUAUAUCUACAAGGAGUUGGGCCAAUACUUAUUAAUGUAUUUAGUGUUUGCCAAAUAAUGCCAUAAGUUUAAAUAUGAUACAAAAGAUUUAAUCAUGGAACACUUGAUGGGUUUUGAUUGAAAUGGUAAAUGAUAUAUUAUAUUUGUACCAAAAUGUUUUUUGUAACACCUAGCACUUAUUUGUAAUUAAAGAGAUAUCAAUAAACAUAAUUUUU